AUGCCGCCUCCUGCCGAUAUUGUCCCCUUGUGGUUCCAAUGUGACUAUCCAAAUUGCAAUGCCAAAUAUCGGCGUAAAGAGCACCUGAAUCGACAUCGUAAUCAUCAUGAUAAGGAAAUCAAUCUCGUCUGUCCUUAUUUGACCUGUUGCGACGCCAUAUCCGGACUUACCAUCCGCAGAGAGAACCGCCGCCGUCUCGAAAAUUUAGGGCAUGUAGUGCAUGUCAUGCACGGAAAGUCCGUUGUGAAGGUGUAUUACCAUGCAAUGCCUGUCAACAUCGCGGCGUCCUCUGUGUGCCUAGCGGUGGUGAAACCGUAG